ACAGAAAACAUAGUAAUCAGUAGGCUUUACAAUUUAUACAUAUACAUCACAGAAAACAUAGUAAUCAGUAGGCUUUACAAUUUAUACAUAUACAUCACAGAAAACAUAGUAAUCAGUAGGCUUUACAAUUUAUACAUAUACAUCACAGAAAACAUAGUAAUCAGUAGGCUUUACAAUUUAUAUAUAUACAUCACAGAAAACAUAGUAAUCAGUAGGCUUUACAAUUUAUAUAUAUACAUCACAGAAAACAUAGUAAUCAGUAGGCUUUACAAUUUAUAUAUAUACAUCACAGAAAACAUAGUAAUCAGUAGGCUUUACAAUUUAUACAUAUACAUCACAGAAAACAUAGUAAUCAGUAGGCUUUACAAUUUAUAUAUAUACAUCACAGAAAACAUAGUAAUCAGUAGGCUUUACAAUUUAUACACAUAUAUACAUCACAGAAAACAUAAAAAGUACUAUAAUGUCAUACAUUUAAAGGUUUGA